AUGGCCGUGGAACACGAUCCAACCAAGAUCUGGACUACGCUGCUCUCUAACCGAGCCUAUCUGGCCGGGACGCUGGUCCUUGAUCAUACUCUGCGCAAGACGGGGUCGCGAUAUCAGUUCAAGGUCAUGGUGCCCCAUGACGUAGCGGCAGAUCUGGAAUUCAUGCGCGUCCUUGAAGCAGCUCACAUACCAGCAAUCCUCGUGGACAACUUGCAACCCGCGCCCAGGGACGGCAAGGUCAACAAGGGCACCUGGGGAAAGCUUGCACCGUGGGGGUUGACCGAGUAUGAGCGCAUCGUGCUUCUGGACAGCGACCAAAUAAUACUCAAAAACAUAGACGACCUGAUGACGUUGCCUCUUCCUGAAGGAUUCGUUGCGGCAAGUCACGCGUGCACUUGCAACCCGCGCAAACUCGCACAUUUUCCCAAAGAUUGGAUCCCCGAGAACUGCGGCUUCACAGCCACAGACAAGGCCACCGGUGAACCGCCGGUCCUCACCGAUGACAGUCCCAGAACGCACCACCUGCUCAACAGCGGAGUCGUGGUCCUCCGGCCUUCGCAAAAGGAGUAUGAGGCGCUGCUGGACGCCAUGAACACGCACCCGGACGUGCCCAGCAUGACCUUUGUCGAGCAGGAUCUUCUGGCCGUGGUGUACCGCAAGAAAUGGAAGCGGCUGCCCUACACGUACAACGCGCUCAAGCCCAUGCGAGCUUGCCACAGCGACCUCUGGCGGGACGAGGAUGUCAAGGUGCUGCAUUACAUCCUCAACAAGCCCUGGCAGAGCAGGACGUACGACGCUGAGGACACGGUAGAGUCGACGCACAAGCUGUGGUGGGACGCAUAUGCCGAGGUCGAGAAGGAGUGGAUCGAGAGCCCGGACGAGGCUAAGCGCGGGCUGUGGCAGAGCGUUGUCGUACCUGUCGUUGCGCAAGCGUGA